GCGACUGACUGAGACUGGCGUUAGAUCUUGGGAAAGGCUGCGAGAAUACCAUCGCCCACGCCCAAGCCUCAACAGCCGCACUUACCACGCUCCACUCGGUUCGCCGCCAAGAUGUUGAAGAUAUGGAGUAUGAAGCAGCAGCAGCAAAAGAAUGACGCUGCUGCUGGCGCAUCCAAGAAGAAGAAAGUCACAGCCGCUCAGUUGCGUGUACAGAAAGAUCUCUCAGAACUCGCCCUCGGCUCAACAAUGAAGACCGUCUUCGAAAACCCCGACGAUAUCCUCAACUUCACCCUCAUCCUCACACCCGACGAAGGCCUCUACAAAGGUGGCGUCUUCAACUUCUCCUUCGCCAUCACCCAGAACUUCCCCCAUGAGCCACCGAAAGUCAAAUGCAAAGAGAAGAUCUAUCAUCCAAACAUCGACCUGGAGGGCAACGUGUGCUUGAACAUUCUUCGAGAAGACUGGAAGCCUGUGCUUAACCUGAAUGCGGUUAUCGUUGGGCUGCAGUUCUUGUUCUUGGAGCCUAACGCGAGUGAUCCUCUCAACAAAGAGGCGGCGAAUGAUCUUAUGAGUGAUCGCGAUAGGUUCAAGAGGAAUGUGAGGAGUGCCAUGGCUGGUGGCAACGUGAAGGGUGAGAGCUUUGAUCGGGUGAUGAAAUAGGAGGAGAGGGAUAGACCAACCACACAGUCUAGUGGCAGAGAGCAUUUCUGACCCUGCUCGUGCCGCGAUGGCUUUGAUACUGGCUAGCAAGAGGCCGGGGUCUGUGGGUUGCGCAGUCCUUGCGCAUACCUAUUGCUGCGGCUUCAAGGCGCUUUUGGUUUUGCGUACGAUACCCACGAAUGGCGGAGCGACCGCUCGAUACACGAUUUCCUUGAUGUCUCUUAGCGACCCACUCUCUCCCAAACCUCGGCAUUCCCUUCCCGAUUUGGUCACCCAUCGAGCAUCAGCGUGGAGCAGCAGCGACGGAGCGCGUUUGCAGAAUGGAUGCAAGGAAUUCAAAUAGCAAGAUACCACCACUCAAACGACACGACACCAUUGAAGGCGACACACUCACAGCGCGGGGCUCCCACCAGGAGUAGCAGGAGGUGGUGCAUUAUUCCAGAGUUGUUACGGAAGGCACUAUGCUGCAUACAGCGUCGGCGGAAUCAUUCAGUCAUGAGCGAGGGAAACACGAAGACAUGCGAACAGAGCUAGAUUUAGAUGCUCAAUCCUUCACCUUAG